AUGUAUGCAGAAUUUGUAAAUUAUUUUCCUGAGGGCGGCCAAACAGCACCCACCAUCACCACUCUCUGCGCUCCCCCGACAAACCCUCCAAGCCAACCCACUCACUCGCCCAUCGAAGAAGGUGCGCUUCACCCGCCGACCCCACCGGAGCAUAAAACCCUCGCUUCCAGAGCCCACCACACUCCUCAAGCCCAUCGACUCAGCACCACCACCACCAUCCAAGCAACCCUCCCCCAGCCUGCACCCCUCCACUCCAACGCCCCAAUCGCUCGACUGCCCCCGAACCCUGUGGUCAAAUCAACCCCCGAGUAG